CAUCACUUGCAAAAAUGUUCUUGCCCACAUAUCAAAGAUUAUAUAUUUUUCCAGCAGCAGCUCUCAAUCUCAACUUCCAGUACUGAACAUUUCCCUCUGCCUUUGAGUGACUGUGUUGUCUCACAGCUCCGUGACCUCCAGAGAGCUGGGCUGCCGAGUGCGUCCUUCCCAAAAACCUCCAGAGCGGGAAUCCGCAGUCACUGGGACACCCUGAGGUAUCUGACGCGGCAGAAGCUCCACCGAGGCGCUGCGUUCGGGGUCCAGAGUCCUGCUGCUUCGAGCCCGGACUCAAAGGAUUGGUGUAGUGCUCGCAGAGGCAGCUACCCGCCGACUGAGCCACUGUGUCAGGCGGCAGCGGCUCGGCCGUACCCUGCACCCUGCUGUAAGCCGAUGACUCAGUGUCAGAUGUGCUGUAGCAAGCCGAUGAGCCGGUGUCGAGUUUGUUACUCCAACCUUCUCUGGGAGCAAAGUGUGAACCGCUCGGAGCCGUCAGUCUACAGCUCCGUUCUGAUCGACAACAUCAUCGAAGAGCUGGGCAGCGGAGACGAAGAGGACGCAGGAGAGUCCAGCAAGUCACUUCCCACAGCGCGGCGGUGGACGAUGUCGCCCCCGUGUCUCACUGUGCCUUACUAUUCCAAUGAAGACGACUACCUCCAGCCUCCCAGGCUUCAAAACCAAAGCCCUCGCAUCCGCACGGCUCCCCCGAGCCCCGUGCGUCCUCGCCGCAUGGUGGAUAUACCGCCCGUGGAGCUCGCCAAGCAGGAGAGCUUGGAUGAGCUGCGGACGACAGUGCACUUGGCCGCCUGCUCCAUGGAGAACAGCACUAAGGACAUCAAGCUCCUCGGGGAGAAGAUGGCGGCGGCGACCGAGCGCAUGUCCGAAACGGUGCAGGACAACUCCCAAGCUUUGGCGCUGCUCACUCAGGUGGUGGACCGCCUGCAGACGCUCCUCACCACCAGGACAGACACCAAAGCCCCAAAACCCCCUGAGCUAGACGGCACGCCCAAGAAAAGCCCGAAGAACCGAGGUCAGCGUCCGUCCCUGACGCACCAAUCCAGAUGUUCUAUCCCCUCGCUUCCUUCCUCCUCGUCCUCGUCCCUCAGCAGCUCCCUAGAUGCUCCCUCCACCUCUCAGGGGACCAGUUGUCUGUCCGUGUCCUGCCGCGGGUCACCUCGAACCACCCCAAAGACAAAGAACUCCCCUACGCCCCAGAAGAAGAACGCCAAGCAUCAAGCAUCCAAGCACCUUCUGACCAACGGGCUGCAGGAUGAGACCUCGCCUGCCGUGAAAGGAAGUCGCUCAAACCAACGAAAGAAGAGGAGGAAGAAGGCGACAUGAGAGCAGAAGAAGAGUGUCCAAAGAGUGGACUUCUUGGGUCCUUUCAAGCCGUCUCCGCAGAGUGACUGACCUGCAAACAAACACAGUGGUAGCUGACUUUUACUUUUUCCAUUUCUCGCCGUUUUCUUCCGUGUUGUCGACCAUUUCAUCACAAGGACUUCAUCAGCAUUCAUCUGUGUCGUUGCUCUUGUCACGAAUUAAACCGUCCAAUCUUCUCUUCCUGUCAUGACUUCAUUUCCAUCAGUUUGUCUUCAUUUCUGUGGUUCGAUUUGCCCUCUACUCCACGUUACAGCUGUUUCAUUAGGUCCCUCUCGUCUUUCUCUAUGUUAUUAUUAUGCCUCCAAAAAAAUCCAACUUCCAUGCAUAAAAAUAAACCAAACACAAAGGUCCAGUCCCAUGCCAAACUUCCUCAGCUGCAAACACGAGCCAAUAGUCGUGGCGCUAUAGCAAACAUCUAAAGUUUGAAAAUUCAUAACAAAUCAUUCAUCAGGCACAAAUCUGGCUUUCCAUGCACAGACAGCUGA